AUGAGCAAACUAACGAAUGAUGGCACCAUAUAUGGUGAAGCCGAUGCCACCAAGGUCAGUUUUCAAGACCUUAGCAUCUAUAGCAGUACUAGCAUGGAACUCUCUAGUAGUACCGUCACGGUUUCUGGUACUACCAGCGUAGGAAGUAAAUUGAGUGACUAUCAACUUGAGGAGAAAGAAAUGGUCUCUAUAGAUGUUGAAUUGAAUAAAGGUGGGGAAUGUGUUGAGAGUGGCAAGAGUAGUUUGAGUUCCUCUAGUUACUGUAACAGCAUAGACGUAAAUGAGGCUAGUUUUAGAAGCUAUUGCCCAUCCAAACCUCAUAAGGGUAACGACAUCCGCUGGGACGCAAUACAAUCUGUGCUUGCUAGAGAUGGUCAGUUGGGCUUGGGGCAUUUUAGGCUGUUGAAGAAAUUGGGAUUUGGGGAUAUUGGGAGCGUUUACUUGGCGGAGUUAAGAGGGAUGAAAUGUUUGUUUGCAAUGAAAGUAAUGGAUAAAGGGACGUUAGCCGGGAGGAAGAAGCUGGUGAGAGCUCAAACUGAGAGGGAAAUAUUGGGUUUAUUGGACCAUCCUUUUCUUCCAUCCCUUUAUUCACAUUUUGAAACAGAGAAAUUUUCGUGCUUGCUAAUGGAAUUUUGCAGCGGCGGGGAUCUGCAUUUGCUUAGGCAGCGUCAACCAGGCAGGCAUUUUACUGAGCAAGCUGCAAGGUUUUAUGCUUCUGAAGUGCUCCUUGCCCUAGAAUACUUGCACAUGAUGGGAGUGGUCUAUAGGGACUUGAAGCCUGAAAACGUCAUGGUGAGGGAAGAUGGUCAUAUCAUGCUGUCAGACUUUGAUUUAUCAUUGAGAUGCCAUGUUAGUCCAACCCUGGUUAGUUCCACCACUGAACUGUCUUGUAAAAUUUCAUCGUACUGUAUCCAGCCAUCAUGCAUUGAUCCAGCAUGCAAGUUACCAGUUUGUGUAGAACCUUCUUGCUUCCAGCCCUCUUGUUUUAGGCCUAGUCUUUUCAACUCCAAAACAUUAAAAUUGCGAGGAGAAUGUACGCCUGCAGUUGCUUCGGAUUCACUGCCGGUGCUCAUUGCAGAGCCAACUGCAGCACGAUCCAUGUCAUUUGUCGGGACACAUGAAUAUUUAGCCCCUGAAAUAAUUAGAGGUGAUGGUCACGGGAGUGCUGUUGAUUGGUGGACCUUUGGAAUAUUUCUGUACGAGUUGCUUCAUGGGAAGACUCCAUUUAAAGGAAACGGAAACAGAGAGACAUUAUUUAACGUUGUAGGCCAGCCCUUAAAAUUUCCCGAGAGUCCCACAGUUAGUUUUGCUGCAAAGGAUCUGAUCCGUGGCCUGCUUGCUAAGGAUCCCCAGAAAAGAUUAGGGUUUAAAAAAGGCGCUACAGAGAUAAAACAACAUCCAUUCUUUCAGGGUGUUAAUUGGGCUCUCAUCCGCAGUACCCAACCUCCAGAAAUUCCCAGACCUGUAGAUCUAGCGUUUUGGAAUCAGACAUUCAAGCCACCCUUGCCUUCAAAUGACAAAGGAACUUCUGACUCCGAUAGAUCUUCUGGCCCUUACCUAGAUUUUGAAUUCUUCUAAUCAAUUUUGGCUGGAUAGAUUGCGGCUCUCGUCCUUGAGGCAAGUAAAUUUUGUUUACCGAUUUGUAUUUAUAUCCCUCAA